AAUCAAGCUGCCCAAGGCAACACCGAAACCGACCCCGAGAUAGACACCGAGAUAGAUCCACCAGCAACAAACCAAGCUACCCAGGGCGACACCGAAACAGAAACCGAGAUAGACUCUACACUAAAGCAACCGAGCUACCUAGGGCGGCACCGAAACAGCCACUGAGAUCGACACUGAGAUAUGGUAAAAUUCUCGCUUGGAGGAGAGGGAGAUACUGUACCGGCAGGUUACUUCUAGCCGUGUUGAGGGCGUUUGUGUCUAAUUUUGUGUUUUCUCGCUUAGAUACAGUGCUGGCAUUCUCGAGCCAAGGCCGGGCACCUAUCCCCUGUAGCAGUCGACAGGCCAAUAACUGGGCACAGUGGGUAGUGACUAUGGGGUAGUAGUUUCCAGGAAUUUGGUUCUUUCUCCCUCCGCUGAGUAUAUGUGAUUAAAAAAGCUUAGAGGAAACGGCUUCUGUUGAAUAUUACUGCCGAAAUCCUACAUCCUUUUUGUCUAAACCU